AGGCUCAGCCCAUUUUCAAAUGGCAUAGCUAAUCCAUUCCAAAGCCCAAAUUAUAGCUUCAUCUUCAACGGUUUACACCCAUGUGAUCACGCGCUUCUCUCUCCGUAUGAUCCACGUCCCUCGGCCUUCUCUCCUCCCUUGUUUCAGCGAUGGCGGAACCAGGGAAGCCUCCGACGGUUUGACGAUCACUCAACCAAGGAGAGAGAGGCAGAGAGAAUUAUAUAUUUCUAUACUUAGAGAGAGCGAGCUCGAAGGUGCGAUACGAGAAGCUAUGAACAAGCUCAGGUUCAUCGGCUGCCUGCUGCUUUCAGCGGCGAUCUGCGUUUUACUGCCACCGAUAGGCGCCUCUGUCCGACCAGAUGAUGUCAAUUCGAGUUUCCUGGGGAUUGCUAGGAACUUAUUAGCGGACAAGGGGUCUCGUUCAAGUGUCAAAACAGCUCAAGGGUACAUGACGAAUGAUGAUCUCGAGAAGGCAGUGAAAGAAUUUUCCAAGAGAUGCAGCAAGGUCUCUAGGUUAUACAGUAUUGGAAAGAGAGUUAACGGAUUUCCCCUGUGGGUCAUAGAGAUUUCGGACAGACCUGGAGAGGAAGAGGCUGAACCUGCAUUUAAGUACAUUGGGAACGUGCAUGGAGAUGAACCAGUAGGGCGUGAGCUCUUAUUACUUCUUGCCAACUGGAUUUGUGAUAACUAUAAGAAGGAUCCCUUGGCUCAGUUGGUUGUUGAAAAUGUUCAUCUCCAUAUACUGCCAACAAUGAAUCCAGAUGGCUUUUCACUCAGAAGACGUGGUAAUGCGAACAAUGUUGACCUGAAUCGUGAUUUCCCUGAUCAGUUCUUUUCCCUAAAUGAGGAUGUGGAUUCGCGGCAACCUGAGACUAGGGCAAUUAUGAAUUGGGUGAGAGACAUACACUUCACAGCAUCAGCUAGUUUGCAUGGGGGGGCGCUGGUUGCCAAUUAUCCAUGGGAUGGCACAGAGGACAAGAGGAGAUACUACUACCCAUGUCCUGAUGAUGAGACAUUCCGGUUCUUGGCACGCACUUAUAGCCAGUCUCACCAUAAUAUGUCUUUGAGCAAGGAAUUUGAGGAAGGAAUCACAAAUGGAGCAUCGUGGUACCCUAUAUAUGGUGGUAUGCAGGAUUGGAAUUACAUACAUGGAGGAUGCUUUGAAUUGACUCUGGAAAUCAGUGACGACAAGUGGCCUAGAGCCUCGGAGCUUCCCACCAUUUGGGAGUACAACAGGAUGAGCAUGCUGAAUCUUGUUGCAAGUCUCGUGAAGACAGGAGUUCAUGGCCGGAUAUUUUCAUUAGACCAAGGAAGACCACUGCCUGGUCUUGUCUUGGUGAAAGGAGUCAACCAUACGGUUAAAGCCAGUCGUGUGUUUGCAGACUACCACCGUUUGCUUGCACCUGGACAGAAAUACGAAGUGACAGCCUUGGCACCCGGCUACAAACCUAAGGCGACAAGUAUUUGGUUAAGUGAAGAAGCAGUGACUGCAGAUUUCAUUCUGACACCAGAAGAAGCAAUUUCCAGAGGUUAUCAACUGAGAAGCAUCUGCGAGUGUGGUUGCAAAAGAAAUGGGAGGAUACUUUUAUCCAACUUAUUUGGGGAUACAAAUGCAGGAAUCACAUUUGCUCUGCUCUUCGUGGUAGUGUUCCUCUGCUUUUUGUUGCAGAGAAGGGUGAGAUCUAAUCUCUCCAAGCAAAGACAAUCCUCCUCCAGAAGGUCGGUUACUGUCUCUGUCUGAAGACACCCUCAACUCUCGUGUAUUUCAUGUGUACAUGUUUCUCAUUCAUCACCACCAUGGACCGCCAUGUUCAGAACCCAGUAGAAAGGAAUCGCUCAUCUCUUUUCCCUUUUGUUGAUUUUUCAACUAAAUAUACCUUUUUAGUCCGA